CCGCCGGCUCGCCGGUCAGCAAACUACGCUCCCAGCUCCUGGGACUACGACUCCCUCCUGCUUUCGCUCGACGAUCGCAGACAUGACACCCAUGAUCAGUUACGUGCACGCUUGGAUGGGUUGCGAGCUAGGAGCUUCGAUAAGUUGAAGGCCGAAGUGAGGGAGCGGCUGAUGGUGGUGAGCGGAGGUGACGACCAACCUGCAAAGCUCAGGCUCGUCGACACACUGCAACGGCUCGGUAUCGCCUACCACUUCGACGACGAGAUCACCGACAUCCUCACCACUAUCCAUAGUGCAAAAAAUCAUCAUUGGAGCCGUGAUGAUGAUGAUGAUGACGUUGCUUCCGCGGCCUUGAGAUUCAGGUUGCUCAGGGAGAGUGGCUUCCCAGUCCACUUCCCUGCACGUAGUACUCCAAUGCUACAUACCCCGAUAGAUGUUGGACAGUGCUAUUGGGCCCGUUCCAUUUACUAA